CAAAUGCGCUCGUUAAAGUCGUCUCACUUCUCGCUGUGGCUAUCACGCUCCACACCUCUCGCGCCAGCCAUGGCCGCCUCCUCCCUGCUCCGCUCGCUCACCCGGCACGCGCGCGGCGCUUCCGCUUACCGCCACCUGCCUUGGUCGCCCUUCUCCACCACCACUGCGGCGGCGGCGGGCGCGCGGGAUGAGGCGAGGAAGGGGUUCCCUGGGCUGGGGCCGACGGCGAAGGGGGAGAAGGCGCGGGUGGUGGUGCUGGGGACCGGGUGGGCGGGGUCGCGGCUCAUGAAGGACCUCGACACCAGCGGCUACGACGUCGUCUGCGUCGCCCCGCGCAACCACAUGGUGUUCACGCCGCUGCUGGCCUCCACCUGCGUCGGCACGCUCGAGUUCCGCUCCGUCGCCGAGCCGCUCGCGCGCAUCCAGCCCGCCGUGUCCAAGUCGCCGGGCUCCUACUUCUUCCUCGCCCGCUGCACCGGCGUCGACCCCGACGCCCACACGAUUGAUUGCGAGACAGUUACAGACGGUGAGAAAGAUACCUUGGAACCAUGGAAAUUUAAGGUUGCUUAUGACAAGCUGGUUUUUGCAAGUGGAGCUGAGGCAUCAACUUUUGGGAUAAAGGGUGUCACCGAGCAUGCUAUCUUUCUUCGGGAAGUUCACCAUGCUCAAGAGAUUCGCAGAAGGCUCCUUCUUAAUCUGAUGUUGUCUGAUGUACCUGGACUUUCCGAGGAAGAAAAGCGCAGACUAUUGCACUGUGUUGUUGUUGGAGGUGGUCCGACAGGGGUGGAAUUUAGUGGUGAACUUAGUGAUUUCAUCAUGCGAGAUGUUAAACAACGUUAUUCACACGUGAAGGAUUAUAUCCAUGUGACCCUGAUUGAGGCAAAUGAAAUAUUGUCAUCAUUUGAUGUUCGCCUCAGGCAAUAUGCUACAAACCAAUUAAUUAAGUCAGGUGUUAGGCUUGUGCAAGGAAUUGUUAAGGAUGUACAACCUAACAAAUUAAUCCUUGACAAUGGAGAGGAGGUUCCUUAUGGUUUGUUAGUAUGGUCUACCGGAGUUGGUGCUUCACCAUUUGUUAAGUCGUUGCCAUUUCCUAAGUCACCUGGUGGAAGGAUUGGUGUAGAUGAGUGGUUACGAGUUCCUUCUGUUCGGGAUGUGUAUGCUAUUGGUGACUGCAGUGGAUUUCAUGAAAGCACUGGCAAGGAUGUUCUCCCAGCUCUAGCCCAGGUUGCAGAACGACAAGGUAAGUACCUUGCCAACCUGCUCAACCAUGUCAUGAAAGCUGGAGGAGGGCAUGCAAACUCUGAGGUCGAAGCCGAUCCUGGGCCACCCUUUGUGUACAAGCAUCUAGGCAGCAUGGCAACUGUUGGAAGAUACAAAGCUCUAGUCGAUCUGAGGCAAAGCAAGGAGUCGAGAGGGAUAUCUCUUGCAGGAUUUGUGAGCUUUUUUAUCUGGCGCUCCGCCUACUUAACUCGUGUUGUUAGUUGGAGGAAUAGGUUCUAUGUGGCUAUCAAUUGGCUGACCACGUUAUUGUUUGGCCGGGACAUAAGCCGUAUCUAAGAGUGCCUGUUCGGCGAUGUCUAAAGAGUGAACAGUACAAGUUCGAUGCAGUGCUAUAGGUCACGGUUACUUUUUUUUUUCUCUCCUUGACAAUUUUUAUCUUGUAAGCUCCAGAAGCACAAUUCACAGGUUAAUUAUGAAUAAAUGUGAGGAGACCACAGUUACGUGUCCCAUGAAUGUA